UCCAUCGCCGGCAGCAGUACGGUUGCGAGUAAUUCAACCGACGCACGCGAACGGGCAAACACCGUGCUGGUGUGUACGGUUCCGUAACGAACGUAUCGGUCGCUUCGAGAUUCGAGCUUGAGCCAGUUUAUUUACGACUACGCGCCACUAACCCAAAUAGUGAUCGGUGCACCAGCGGCCGAAGGCACUAGCAUGGAAUCGAUGCAUCCGAUGCAGUGAGUGAGAUCUUUAUUUACCCCGGAAUGGAAUCGAAAUCGGUGUGUUUGUGUGUGCCUGUGCUUGGGCUGAAAUUUAACGGGCUCAAUCCGUUCUUUGAGUGAUGGUUAAAGUGCAAAAGUGAAUCAAAACGGAUCAAUCGAUGUGAAGCUGUGCGCUGUUGGUUUGAUAAAUUACGUUCGGUGCAGUGUGUUCGGUACGAGUGUGCUAUUUACAUUACAUCAGUGCAAAAGUGCCGAAAGCGCUGGAAGCCUUCGUUGGGAGAAAAAUUCACCAAGUGAUGAUGGAAAUCCCUUUUUCCCCGGUGUAAAGUGUCUGUGGGCAAAGAGUGCGGGUAAUUAAGUCAGAAUCAAAGUGCGAUGUGUAUUUGAUCUUUGGGCAAAAGAGUUGUAAAGUGCAUUAGUGAGUAAACAUCCGGAUUCACCCCCCAGAUAUUGGCCAAAUACGAAAGUUGAUCAGCAGUAAGAACGGGGAUUCUAUCGUUCCGGACACCACCGCUGGAACAAGUGAGUGACAAAUAAUCUACUCAAUUAUCGAUAAUCUACCGGCGGAAGACAGCAAUUAAGUGAUCCACAUCAACAUCACCAACACCACCACCACCAGCAGCAGAUGGUGGUUAAGUGAGCGAUGAAAAAUCAAUUCACACACGUACGUGCAUACGAGCUGCUGAUUAAAACUACCCAUUAAGCCGUACCACCCGUACCAAGUGGCCGUACGAAUGGGGCACUCUACCAGCAGCACCUAUCAAUCAUAUCCCGACGGCGGGCAUGAGCUUGUGGUGUGAGCGUCCGUCACACGGUAAAGCAAACGGCAAUCGUAGCCAGCUGUAACUGGGAGGAGGGGGGGGGGGGGUUUAAAACAUGCUAGACUUUCCCAACGGGACUUCCAACCCCACCACGACCAGCUCCGUCGGUGCGAUGAUGAGUUUCCCCAGCUCGAGUGCAGCCUUUCUCGAUGGGCUGGGCCAACCAGCCAACCCAGGUGGUGGACUGUUGCUGGGAGCUGGAAAUUCUUCACCUGUCGCCGGGAACGGUUCCACCCUGGCCAACUACUCUUCGGUGGUUAGUUCCUCGCCCGCCAGCAUGCUCGCGUUGGGCGGUGUCAAUGGAUCGGUUGCGCCACUGCUCACCACCGCCCUGCUGAACGUGAACGGGUCGGGGUUGGAUUUUUCCGACAGCAGCAACCUGACCCACGCGUUCCCCAACUUCGUGCACAAGGAGUUCAUAUUCGAUCGGACGGACGUACGGGUCAUAUUCAUCACGCUCUACUCGUUGGUGUUUUGCUGCUGCUUCUUCGGCAACCUGCUCGUAAUUCUAGUGGUGACGCUCUCGAGAAGGUUACGGUCGAUAACGAACUUCUUCCUCGCGAACCUGGCCGUCGCCGAUCUGUGUGUGGGGGUGUUCUGCGUGAUGCAGAACCUGACUAUAUACUUGAUCGAAAGCUGGGUGUUUGGAGACUUUCUCUGCAAGAUGUACCAGUUCGUGCACUCGCUCAGCUACACCGCCUCGAUAUUCAUCCUGGUCGUCAUCUGUAUGGAGCGCUACUUUGCCAUCAUCCAUCCGAUCACGUGCAAGCAGAUACUGACAUCGCGCCGACUAAGGUUAGUCAUCGUGGCCGUGUGGAUAACGUCCGCCGUCUACUCCAUCCCGAAGUUUAUCUUCGUGCGCACCAUCACGAACAACCUCGGCGAUGACCAGCUGGAAACGAUCUGUAUCGUCAACCGGAAAAUGUUCAACUCCGAGCUGUUCGACAUCAUCAACUUUGCCCUGCUGUACCUACUGCCGCUCCUGGUUAUGACGGUCCUGUACAGCCGUAUAGCGAUAGCGCUGUGGAAAAGCUCCCGGGGACUCGAGCGACACAUCGCGCUGCAAAACACAACCUCAUCGAGCUAUUCGAGCAAUUUCCACCGGAAGCCAAGCAGCAAGUACGACAAGCGAACCACAGGUGUCACCGAAAGCCAGGUAUCGGUCGAGUCGGAUAAGGUGGUGGUGACUACCUGGCCGGCACAGAACAGCUUCCACCAGCGGCACGGCACCCAGCUGACGCAGCUGUCUCACUCGUCCAACAACGUGCUCCGGGCGCGUCGUGGAGUCAUCCGCAUGCUGAUGGUGGUGGUGCUAACCUUCGCCCUCUGCAACCUACCGUUCCAUGCCCGGAAAAUGUGGCAAUACUGGUCCACCGACUACAAGGGUGACUCCAACUUUAAUGCGCUCUUCACCCCACUCACCUUCCUGGUGACGUACUUCAACUCCGGUGUCAAUCCGCUCCUGUACGCCUUCCUGAGCCGCAACUUUCGUAAAGGCAUGCGCGAGCUGUUGCUGUGUUCCUUGAAGAAGAACAAAAACAAAUCGCUCAAUCAGCGCAUCCCACUGCACCGACCCCGGUCCAUCCUAGUGCUGCUGCGGCAUGCCAUGCUUUGCUGGGCCACGGACAAACCGACCGUCUCCCUUACGACGCACUGUCCUUCGCCGACGACCCGCUCCCUCGAUGGGAUCGACGAGCGAAUGCUGUGAUGGGUGGGAGCUUAGAAAUCGCAGUCGUCAGAGACGUCGGGUCAAAACGGACGCACAGAGCGAGAAAAUGAAGAAGUGACACGGAAAGUGCUAACACGUAUCGGCUGUUCGGAUGCUCGGUUUCGGUUGGUUCGUUCGGCUGCUCGGUUUCGGCAUGAAGGACCCGCGUCCCAAUGUCCUCGCUGGUGGACCAUCCUUAAAAAUGACAAAAAAAAAACGAGCUAAGCAAAGCGUUACAAAGACGGAACCAUUCCUUACCGACCGAUUCGACCCAUGUAGGAUUUCCCCAAUGAUGCCACGACCUGAUCGACCGCGGGUGCUGCGGUCGGUGUGUCGGCAGCGGCAGGGACGCCCCUGGGGGCAGCCACCGCCGCCGCCGAGCCCACCACUAAUGCACCCGGCUGCACUGGCACCCGCUCCCGUGUGCACCGGUUCCGGCAGCAUCCGCUUUUCCGACGCAACGAGCUGCUCUUUCGCCGGGCGAACGAGCUCGCCAGCAACGACGAGGACGAAGACGAGGACGAUGAGGAUGAUCUGAACGAGCCGGCCACCACACUGUCCACUGCCACGAUGGCACCGCCGCUCACCGUAAGUGUCAUCGAGACGGGACGGAAUGGGGCGACCUGAGAAGGGCCUUUUUGGUGAAACUCUGAGUAAGCAUCAGUAUUGUAUCGGGCAAGGCCUAAGCUUUGUGUUUUUCGACAUCGACUCGACAUACAGGAAGGUGCUCAACCGUUUGCGUACAACGAAAUCAAACGCCGCGUAGGGCGUUAGGGGCUUGUUGCUGCCAAAGCCGGCCAGCACGGUGGCAUCGGAUGAAUGUCAAUCACAACGGGAAAUGACUCGUGGAUACGGUUACAGUUCAAUUCACACCACACAGUAACGAUGCCAAUUUUUUGUGUAGCUCACACGGCCCGAAAGUUAUUUCCCCCUUUAAUGUGAGUGUGUGAGUGUGUCUUCAAUCGGAAAGUUUUUGCCCAAUUACACCCAUAGUGCUGUUGCCUUCCACAAGCCUUCGUUCACGAUUCGAACAGCUCACACACCGGUGUGUGUUGCAAAAGAGGUCAUGGCGUGCGGGUGCCAAAUUCCUAAUGGCAGCAAAAUUCUGGCAGUAACAGGGAAGAAACAGCCACCGUACAUUACACUCCUUCCGGACCGAUUUUCUUUUAGUGAGCAACUUUUACUGACAAUAGCAAGUUCGAAUGCGAUGGUGCCAGCUUUUCUUUCCCUGCAGAGAGAGAGGGAGGCGAUCAACUCCUUCUGCAAAAAGUUUAUGUUACCGACCGUUAGCUAACGAUUGUAAGAGAAGCGACUGGAAUUGAGAUGCAAAGCGGUAGGCGAGCCACUAUUUUUGUACUGAAAAUGUUUUGUAAAUAAAUUUCAGAGAGGGCUGAAUGACAUAAGGAUGAAUUAUUUUUCAUUUCGGGACUUUUGCUCUGACGAUCCGCAAACGUUUGAUUAAUAUUUGUUUAAUGUUCCUGUUCAAUCUUUUCGCUUGUUGACAAUAAUGAAAACUGAUUAAUCUCGUAUCGAUGAUAAUGUUUAUGAUCAAUCUUUUACUUUUGAUGCUGUGUUUUGUAUGGUAGAAUAUUUUUCUCGAGCAUUUUUCCAUUACUAUUUGAAUUAUUAUACAAUUAUAUUUGCUUGUGCACAAAAAAAAUGUAACUUCAACAUAACGAUACUGUGAUAAAGUUAAAAGAAAACUUGGAUGGAUCGAUGAUGGGUAGUACAAGGAUUAUGAAAAUGAGAAGAUCUUUAAGAAUGUUAUAAAAGUAACCAGCUCAUCCAUAGUUGUGCGAGGAGAAGGCACCGAAGCCCGUUUAAGCGCGAUAGUGAAUCAAUUACAGUUUUAUGUACUACGAGAUGAUGAACACAGUUUCGAUAUCGAAAAUAUGCGAUAGAAUGGAGAAAAAACUACAAUGUAAAAUCAUCAAAACAUGGGAGAACUGGUACAUCAAAGAUUUUUUUUUCUUCUGAAAUAGCAGCAUCAUCAAUGCGUAUUAGCUCGUACUUAAUCACCGACCCGUCGUGCAGCGUCGGGGUUCGGUUUUGCCAAAGAGCAGAUUUGUUGAAUAAUGUUCUACAACAAACCAAGUGUUUGCGCUCAGAUGAAGACUAUACGUAUAUUUAAAGAAGUAUAUUUUUUCACAUUAGCACCUACUACUCGUUCUCGCUCGUUGUGUGGGGGGCAUAGGAAGAGGAUCAACAUUUAUUGUAAACAAAAAUUCUAGACUUAUGCGAAUGAACUAAGCAAGAGUGCUAAACACGAAAUACGAAAGGAGAACAGUACGGAUUUUAACUUGUAAUUCCAACGAAUGAACGAUAAGAGUGGCGAAUGUUUUGGGAUAGUAAGAGCAUUAACAGGAAUAGUAUGGAAAACCCCUGGAAAGAAUUUAUUGUAAAGAGCGUAGAAAUACGAUUAAUAAAAUUAUAGUACAUAAAAGGCAGAUCA